AAAUGCUUUUCCGGGUUUGUCCCCGCCUUAUUGUUUUGAAACAUUUGAUCUACACUCCUAUUCGUGGAGUCCAACGCCAAUUGUAUCUCAUUGUACUGCCAUGGGGGCUGAGCGUUUUUAUGCGCAUGUUCCGUGCCCAAGCCAAAAUACCGCGUCACAUAAAUCCUAUUUUGUGCACUUUUAAAGAUAGCUACUUUAAGAUUGUGCCGUUACCACUGUAUUUAGCAGAAGUUGCUAGAAGAGCCAUGCAAUUUCCUUCGUUUAGACGGUUUGGUGGCGGAUUGGAAUUAAGUUCCAUAGAUUUCUUCGGUACGGAUCAAACGGAAACCUUGUCCCAAGCAAUACGCCGCUCUGCGGAGGACACUACUGCAUCCGUGGAGGAUGAACCGGAGGCAAACGUGUUAUUUGGAACAAUCCAAGGGAGCGUUGUUGGAUUGAGAUACUACACCGGGGUUGUUAACAAAGGAGAGAUGGUCUCGCUGGUGAGGGAACCUCACAACCCCCAUGACAGAAACGCCGUUAUGGUCGCCAAUGUGUACGGGAGCCAAGUCGGGCACAUCAAACGCCAGCUGGCAGCCCCAAUGGCUCACAUAAUAGAUAACAACCUGGCCAGAGUUGAAGGUGUUGUUCCUUAUGGUGUCAACAAUGCCUUCACCAUGCCUGUCCAUCUCUCCUUCUGGGGCAAGGAGGAGAACAGGGAAGCAGUGAUGAGCGAGCUUAACAGACACGGGUUCAAACUCGGCCUUGGAUCGAAAGGUGGUGGCCAAGUGGCAGCACCUGGUAGGACUAUAGAUCAGUUUUUUGCACCUCUGAAAAAGGUGACUGCAAUACCACUGACACCUGAACAGCUGAAGAAUGCAUUCGACAAGCUGUUUGAUGACCUGAUGGAGGACAAGGCCCGGGAGAUGGAAGCUGGGGAGGCUGUGAGCACACCUCUGCUCCCACACCAGAAGCAGGCUCUGGCGUGGAUGACCGCGCGGGAGAACAGCACCGAUUUGCCCCCGUUUUGGGUGGAGAAGAACGGCCUUUAUUUUAACGUGCUCACCAACUUUGCCAUCCAGGAGAGGCCGGAGAGUGUCCGUGGAGGAAUCCUGGCAGAUGACAUGGGACUGGGAAAAACCCUCACCACAAUUGCACUGAUUCUCACCAACUUCCACAAUGGGAACCCCAUGUCCCUGGAGAGCACGCCACUCUUCCCAGAAAACAUGGCAACCAAGAGGAAAAAAACAGCCCCAAAAGAGAACAGGGCAAAAGGGAUAGAUGAAGCCGUGACUGAAGAAUCCCCAACCACCUCCCAUUCUAAAAGACAACAUGAAGACAGCGUUCCCAUCAUCGUCAUUGAUUCAGAUGAUGAAGAUGAUAGUGCAGCACCCAAGAAAAAAGCAAAGACGAAAGGAAAAACAACAAAAGACUCAUCCGGCACAAAGAAAAGUGCCAUGGUGAUGAAGGAGGACAUGGGCUUCGCUGCUGCCCUGGGUGGGUCUGUGGCAGAAGGAAGCUCUCACAAGAAGAAAGCCCAAAAGAAGAGUCCUGGACUUAGCAAAUCGUCCUCGAAGCCUGGGGCCAGCGGAGGAGCCAGGGCCACAUUAAUCGUCUGCCCUCUCUCAGUGCUCAGUAACUGGCUGGAUCAGUUUGAGCAGCACGUGCACGCGGACGCGAAGCUGAGCGUCUACCUCUACUACGGCACAGAGCGCAAACGGGAGUCACGCUUCCUGGCCCGGCAAGAUGUAGUGCUGACCACCUACAACGUGCUGUCCUCAGACUACGGGAACAAGAAGAGCAGCCCUCUGCAUGAUGUGACCUGGCUGAGGGUGGUGCUGGACGAAGGGCACAUCAUCCGAAAUCCCAACGCCCUACAGAGCAAAGCUGUGCUGGACCUGACAGCGGAGAGGAGAUGGAUUUUAUCAGGCACUCCGAUCCAGAACUCCCUGAAGGACCUGUGGAUGCUCAUCUCCUUCCUGAAGAUGAAGCCUUUUGACGUGCGGGAGUGGUGGAACCGGGUCAUUGAGCGGCCGGUCACCCUGGGAGACAGCAAAGGCCUGAAGGACCUGCAGACUCUGGUUAAGGGGAUCACCCUGAGGCGGACCAAGGCCAGCAAGGUGGGGGGACGCGCGGUGGUGCAGCUCCCGGAGCGGAGGGUGUUCGUCCAGCAUGUGACCCUGUCCGAGGAAGAGAGGCGGGAGUAUGAGGCGGUCAAGAGGGAGGGCAGGGAUAUCAUUGGCAGGUACUUCAGGGAGGGGACCGUCCUGACGAACUACGCGGAUGUGCUGGCCAUCCUGGUCAGGCUGCGUCAGUUCUGCUGCCACCCUCACCUGCUCAGAGGUUCUACCAGCGCGGCAGGUACAACAGACACGUCGACGCCCAGCGAGCUGAGGGAGCGGCUGAUAAAGAAGAUCACGCUGGUCCUGGGUUCGGGUUCGGACGAAGAGUGCGCCGUGUGCCUGGAGUCCCUGCGGCAGCCGGUCAUCACCUACUGUGCCCAUGUGUACUGCAAGGCCUGCAUCUGUGAGGUCAUCCGCUCGGAGCAGCAAAAUGCCAAAUGCCCACUCUGCAGGGCGCAGAUCAAGAUCCAGGAGUUGGUGGAGUACCCUGGGGAGGACGAGGACUCAGAUUCCUCCGACACCAAAGACAAGUGGCUGUCCAGCUCAAAAGUGGAUGCCCUGAUGAGUAACCUGCUACGGCUUCGCCAAGAGGAUAAAAGCAUCAAGAGCGUAGUGGUGUCUCAAUUCACCAAGUUUCUGUCUCUGCUUGAAAUCCCCUUGAAAGAACAUGGGUUUUCCUUCACCCGUCUAGACGGGUCCAUGAGCCAGAGAAACAGAACCAAGGCCCUGCAGGCCUUCCAGGACUCCGCCCAGGGAAGCCCCUCCAUCAUGCUCCUGUCACUCAAGGCCGGAGGGGUGGGACUCAACCUGACCGCCGCCUCCCGGGUGUUCCUCAUGGACCCAGCAUGGAACCCUGCAGCAGAGGAUCAGUGUGUGGACAGAUGUCACCGGCUGGGCCAGAAGAAGGACGUGGUGAUCACCAAGUUCAUCGUGAAGAACUCCGUGGAGGAGAACAUGGUGAAGAUCCAGAGGAAGAAGCAGAAGCUGGUGGAGAAGGCCUUCGGGGGGCGGAAAGUGCAGGAGAGGAAGCAGGCCCGCAUUGAGGAGAUUCGGGCUCUGAUGGAGCUGUAGGGUCCGCCCCCAGAGACCCUGCCCCUCCCCCUCAGUGACCACACCCACAGCAGUUUCAUCCAAAAAGAGAAAGGAGUCAUUUACAGUUUUUUAUUUCUUCUGGUAGGAAGCCAAUAACUUUUAGCAACUUCUCUUUUUCUGGAAUUGCACUAAACCAAGUACGCUUUGUGUGGAAGGGUUUAAUGGCUCAGAUUUCAGUUUCCUGGUAACAGCUUCACUUUCCGAUUAUCACAAUUUACAUUCCGGCCUGGCCUCAGGUCUCAUUAAAAUGACAGUUGGGUCAGUACCCUCGGGUGCUUUGUGGCAACAGCUUGCUAUAUGGCCUUUCACGUAUGGGAAUCACUCCCCUAUACAUAUAAUAUUCCUGUUUACAUUAAAAGCAUUUAAUUCUGUUUCCAGCACAGAGAACCUUGCCCUAAAAUGGGUAUCCACACAUUUGGUGAGACUGAACCAAAGGUGUAGCGGAGUUUUAAUUCAGCACUGAUGACAGCAACGUGAGGUGUCAGACUGUACAUAGUCUUUGAGGAUUCUUUGAUAGAUCAGUAUAAUUGCUAGGCACUAACCUUUGAAUUUUUUGUAUU